AUGUCCGCUUCCGCUACCGCCACCAGCCCGCUCAUCGCUGGUCGGGAUAUCCUACUGCUGGUCAGGGGAUAUGCGCGUGACAACCUCCAGCAAUGGGGGCAAGUGGGCCUGCUCACGCAGGUUCUCGGGCAGGACCCUCAUAUACACACCAUCGACUGGGCGAUCGACGAGCUUGCGGCGCAGCUGGUCUGCGUUAUUAAUGUCAACUCUCCGGAUGCAUUGAUCCUGCGGAUCAUCGUGACGCCCGACUUUAUCUGGCUGGGCUUUCACGCUGUCCCACUCGGCGUGGCAAUCCCGCUAGCAGUCUACGCCCGAUUCCUGGAAGACGCCAUCCUUCACUCACCUCUGACUUCGGGGGUGCUGUCCAUCGGCAGCCUCCACUUCGAAAACGAGUGGAUGGCACUCCAGAAUAGCCUGUUCGGAUACCUCGGGCCCCCCGAGGGUUCGCCCGCCGCGAUAAUCAAAAUGGGCCCCGUCAUCCCUCCGGCCUGCGCCGACGUCCCGGAGACCUUCAUGAUAGACAGUAUUCCCAUGAUGCCGCCGCCGCCACCUAACAAUGACCCUCACUAUGGGGGCGGCGUGCGAAUUACCGGUCGAGAUGGACUGGAGGUACCCCGCAAGCAGUGGAGAUACUAG